AUGAAGUUUGGCAACAUCAAGAAUACAAAAUGUUCUUUUACCGUACCUCAUCUUCGCUGCAUCCCUGGCGAUUCAUGGGAGCAAACAACAAGUCACCGGUGGCAAGCUCAAAGGCAAUGCAAGCAAACGACCAGAUGUGGUACUGGGUGCGCGUCCGAGGAGGACGUGGUGAAGCUCUCCUCCUUGGGGAACGUGGGCGAGCUCCCCGUGUUGCCGUGCUCCUGCUCCGUCAUGGACGACUCGGUCACCGACGACGAGGCCGCCGACCGUUCGGGCGACGCCGGUGCAGCGGUGCCCGGGGCCGGUACGACGACGGCCGUCGCCUUCCUGGCUCCGCCGCCCCCGCGCUUCGCAGCCACCGCGGGCCUAUGCUUCUUGCCGACGCCAGCCGCCGGCUUCGUGUCGUGCUGCUGCUGCUCCUGCUUGGUGGGAUCCAGGCGCUUCUUAAGGUGCGUGUGCCAGACGUUCUUGAUCUCGUUGUCCGCCCGCCGGGCAGCCUGGCGGCGAUGGCGGACCUCCUAGCAAUUCAGAAGAGAGAG